AUUGAUGACCUGUCGAGCUAGCUAGCUAUACAGAUGCUCCUCACCCAAAAUAUUCUCCUAUAUGAAUGAGAGAUGAGUUAUAUCUCAGAGAGAGAAGGCUUUAAUAAGUACAACUUCAGCAACACAGAUUCUCAUCAUCAUCAAGACGGGGGAAUCAUCAAGGAGCAAGAUCGCUUGCUUCCAAUAGCUAAUGUGGGGAGGAUUAUGAAGCAAAUUCUGCCUCCUAACGCCAAAAUCUCCAAAGAAGCCAAGGAAACCAUGCAAGAAUGUGUUUCUGAGUUCAUAAGCUUCGUCACUGGGGAGGCCUCUGACAAGUGUCACAAGGAGAAGCGCAAGACAGUGAAUGGCGACGAUAUUUGCUGGGCCCUCUCUACUCUAGGGUUUGACGACUACGCCGAGCCACUCAAGAGGUAUUUGCUUAAGUUUAGGGAAUCAGAGGGCGAGAGAUCUAACCAAAAUAAGGCCAACAAUUUUCACACUGAUGAAAUUGAUGUUGCUGAUCAAGCUUGUGAAUAUGGAGGUGAGCCUCCCAGGAGAGCCCCCACUACUAGUGCUUCCUCUGCUACGGGUACCUCAUUGAUGAGGUUCAAUGGCACCUCUCACUCACACCAGUUUCCAAACUUCUAGCUAGUUAGCCACCACCCCCACCCUCCCUCUGUGAUUUUGAUCAGAUAUUCAUGUUAUAUUCUGCCGUAGAAGCAUGUGGAUUAAUGAAAAGAUGCUGCAUAUAUGUUUGUUUAUUCUGGUGUAGUGGUGCUUUGUUGUUUUAGGGUUAAUUACAGAUAGUAGCUGAGGAUUAUGUGAGUUAUAUAGCUAAUCUUUGUACUUGUUUCUUGUCCUGUGAUAAUAAGCCUUUGUUAUCAGAAGUGGUGAACUACUGAUGAUCAAUUAACAGACAUGCU